ACGGAAUUCAAUUGAGUGUUGAAGGUUCGACGGUUCUGUUUCUGCGAGUUUACUGAAAAACUAUUUUCGGAGUAACAUAUAACAUAUCAGGGCGUUUUUUUUGGUGUUAAACGUCUUUGCAUAUAAUUCAGUUUCAAUAACUUACGGCCAAAUGUAAGACGUGCUCGGUGUGGGAGGACCAACUCCCUCUGCUAUUUUUUUGCGACAUAAGAUAGAAUCCUUGAAGGGUAAUGAAGAACUUCUUUUCACAACUGUGCGGGCGUGAGAGCGCCUGCGCCGGCGAGACGAGCAAGCGAGCCAACAUAUUCACCGCGGUGAACAACUUCUUCGCUGAUUCGCCUCUGGUGAAUCAGCUCAAAGGCAUCAUGACUCGACAAACGAGCAAUAGCGGCGGUGAGCCAGGCCCUCCCGACGACUCCUCCCGGCCGGGCAGUAAAGAACCACCCUAUCUAGCCAUAAGCCCUUCGGAGAGCAUGUUGGACCGGUCUCUGAACUCGAGGAUGAGCAGCCAGCGGCAGGUAGCGUUCCUAAAGCCGGCUGCUGACACUAACCUCGACCGAAAGGCGUCCAUCGUCGACGAGACAACGGGCAUCACCAGGACUCAAAUGAAAGAGUUCCGUGAAGCGUUCCGUUUGUUCGACAAGGACGGCGACGGCACCAUCACCAAGGAGGAGCUGGGCCGCGUGAUGCGCAGCCUGGGGCAGUUCGCGCGCGUGGAGGAACUGCAGGAUAUGCUGCAGGAAGUCGACAGCGAUGGCGACGGUAACGUGAGCUUCGAGGAGUUCGUGAGCAUCCUAUCGAAGUCGAUGUCCGGCGCGGGCGGCGGCACCAGCUCCGCGGAGCAAGAGGAGCGAGAACUACGCGACGCGUUCCGGGUGUUCGACAAACACAACCGCGGCUAUAUCUGUGCUUCCGACCUGCGCGCCGUACUGCAGUGCCUCGGGGAAGACCUGUCCGAGGAGGAGAUUGAGGACAUGAUAAAAGAAGUCGACUCGGACGGCGAUGGCAGGAUUGAUUUCUUAGAAUUUGUGAGAGCAUUAGGAGAGCCCGAAGACGCUUGUGACGAUGAUGAAGACGAAGAUGCAACUGAAGGCACAGAGAUACCCCUCCCUAGAGCUGUAGCGGCUAACUGAAACGCUUCUUCUGCUUAACCUUAUUGCAAUUGAAUAAAGUAGAUUUUUGUCUGUUACGGGAAACUGAAAUUGGAGCAAACCAACGUAAUACAAUACAGCAUUAAUAUAUAGGCAACACAUGAAGUGAAGUUCCCAGUGACAAUUUUUCUCUGAUUAUAAAUCUCCCAAGAAGCAAGGUAAAUGCAAAUUCAGUUUUGGAUAACUUGAUCUGUGGCAUUCUUUACUUAUAUAUUAAGGUGCAUUACAAUUUACAUAUCAAGCCAAAGGACCUAUUUAUAAAAGCCAAUUAAGUAGAGGUUAUAUAAAUAACACGGUGAACUAAAUGCUUUGUGUAUCCGGAGAGUUUAAAAAUCUGUGUGUCUUCAAAUCACCGAACUUUCAGAUAAGUCAAUCCAUUUAAUAUUAAAGAUACGUCCCGCAACAGACAAAAUCAGUCAGUAAUACUUACUUUACUUUUCAUAAUAAUAAAUUAUUGUUAAGAUACUUAGCUUAGCUAGCUUUAAUACUUAAUUAGGGCAAAGGUUAUGGGUAUGCUAAUCCUAGGCUCAUUACAUUGCUGAGCUAGAAAUGCUCGAAGGACCAUUUAUUUUGCUUUGAGUCGAUAAGUGGUUUUAGAAAUAAACUAUCAACAAUGGAAUUGCUUUUUGUAAGCUUGAUGUGUAUAAAACAUUUGAUUUGUGGAAUAGGGUUGAUGAUUUCUGUAGAUUUAUCAAAGAUUAUUGGAUACGUAUGUUUCUCUUUUCACAUAAUCAAAACAUUACAGAAAUAUCUAUUUUACUGAUUUGAAAGGACGCACGGCGUCAC